CGCGGAACUGUUCAGUACGUUUUUAUUUAAAAAAAAAACUGGUCAAUGCAAAACAGCUUUUUUGCAGAAGUACUUGAAAAUACUUAAAAAUAGAUAAAUAAAUCAAUGACUUUUUAAUAAAUACUUAAAAUAAUUUUAAGAUAAAAUAAUUUUAUACCAAGAGAAAUAAGAAAUAUUUUAAUAGUAAUAAAAAAUAAAGAAUCUUGACAAAAAAAAUGUUUUAAAUAAAUUUCAAGUUAAAAACACUUUUCAAAACUAAUAAAAUAAAAACCAAAAAACAUAAACGAAAAACCUAAGAGAUGGUAGCUUCUCAUAUAAAAAGAAAACAUCUGCAUAAAAGUGAAAAACCCCUAAAAGAUUAUUACGAUGCAGUGCCAGUGUCAGUGUCACAGCCAGCAGUGUCAGCAGAAACAGUUAAACAAUUGAAAACAAUGGAUUAUGCUGAAGCAAUUUUGGAUUACAAUUUUACUAAAGUAAACGAUAACGAGGAAGAUAGUGGAAGUGGUAGUAAUAAUAACAACAACAACAUAAAUAUAAUGGAUAAUUUUAGUCAUAAUCUAUUCGAGUUGCAACCUUUUUUAGCCAACAGCAAUGGCAAUCUCAUUAAUGCGGUCAAUGAUUAUGGCAAUACAACUGUAUCAGUGGAUAUUUAUGAUACAGUUUUUAGUCCCACUGCUUACUUAACGGAUGCUACCACAGCAGCCGCUGCAGCAGCUGUUACAGCUGCCAAUAAUAAUCGAGGUCUUUUAAUGGAUACACUUUUGGGUUCCGUUAUGACUACAGCCACUGCCACCGUUACAUUGUCACCAACAACAUCAACAUCGGCUUCAGCUCUAACAACAUCAGUGUCAGCAUCUUUUGCAACUGCAUCUUCGUCCCCAUCCUCCUCGGCCACUGCUCUAAGUGGUUUACAGGAGAAUUUCUAUGAAACCACCGUUGUUGCUGUUAACAGCAUGAAGACAUCAUCGUCGACUGCGAACAAUGAAUCGGCCUAUUGGGAAUUGGAAACGGCUGAUUUUGAUUUUCUCUACAGACACUCGUUGGUAAUGACCAUUGUCUAUUGUAUUGCUUACGUGAUUGUAUUCCUGGUCGGUCUGGUGGGCAAUAGUUUUGUUAUUGCUGUUGUUCUGCGCAUGAGAAACAUGCGAACUGUUACCAAUUACUUCAUUGUCAAUUUAGCCAUUGCUGAUAUCUUGGUAAUAGUUUUUUGUUUGCCAGCAACAUUGAUGAGCAAUAUUUUUGUGCCAUGGAUGCUGGGCUGGCUAAUGUGCAAGACGGUUCCCUAUAUACAGGGUGUAUCGGUGGCAGCAUCUGUUUACAGUUUAAUAGCGGUAUCAUUAGACAGAUUCAUUGCCAUCUGGUGGCCUCUGCGUCAACUGUCAAAAAGUCGUGCCCGUUUCAUGAUACUCUGCAUUUGGAUUAUAGCCUUUGGUACCACCAUUCCUUGGGCCCUAUAUUUUGACUUAGUCCCUGCGGCUGAAGCCUUUCCCUCUGCUCCCGAUAUGUAUUUGUGUCAAGAGGUUUGGCCACCGGGUACCAGUGGUAAUUUGUAUUUUCUAUUGGCACAUCUGUUGGCCUGUUAUGUGUUGCCCAUGGUCUUGAUAACCUUGUGUUAUGUUUUAAUAUGGAUUAAAGUGUCAACGCGCUCUAUACCUGGCGAUACCAAGGAUGCCCAAAUGGACCGUAUGCAACAAAAGUCCAAAGUGAAGGUUAUUAAAAUGUUAGUGGCUGUAGUCAUAUUGUUUGUACUAUCCUGGCUGCCGUUGUAUGUAAUAUUUGCACGAAUUAAAUUUGGUGGUGAGAUAUCCAUUGAGGAGAGUGAAAUCUUAAACAAGGUCACACCAUUUGCUCAGUGGCUGGGCUCGUCCAAUUCAUGCAUCAAUCCUAUAUUGUAUGCAUUCUUUAAUAAGAAAUAUAGACGAGGUUUUGCCGCCAUAAUCAAAUCACGCUCCUGUUGCGGCCGUUUGAGGUAUUAUGACAAUGUUGCCAUUGCCUCUUCUACCACCAGUACCAGUCGUCGCAAAUCCUCUCAUUAUCAACAUGGCUCCCGCAAAAGCCCCAGCAGCCCCGGUUUACGUAAAACCAAUGCCGUCUCUUAUAUUUACGAGCAUAACUCUUUACGCCGCCACAAUUUAAUGUGCAAACAGGACAGCAAUUUAUCACAACAGAUGCUAUUGAAACAGGAUUCUCAUGGUUCUCGCCAAUAUCUUAUUAAACAGGAGAGUGCCUCUAGUGAUGGCUCUCGUCGUCUAUUGUGUCAGCAGGAUAGUAAUGGUUCAAAGGUGUCAUUGUCGAAACAGGAUUCUGUUGUAUCCUACUAUUUGGAGAACAAACGUGCUGGUCACAAUCUUCAAGAUACGUUUUCAACACAGGAUUCUAUAUCGGUAGAUUCGCGACGUAAUACCAUGACGCGUAGCAAUGAAAAUGGUUCACCUGUAGUGGGUGCUGCUGCAGGGCCAUCUUUGUUGGAGCAUAAACGCCAGAAGUUUGUGAAACAAGAUUCGGUUAUAUCGUUUGUUGAUCAAAGGCCAGAACCGCGUCGCCAUCAAUUAGUUAAACAGGAUUCCGUCAUAUCGUUUGCCGAUCAACGGCGAAGCUUGUUAAAUAAACAAGACUCUAUUGUGGGAUGCUCCAGCCGGUCUGGAGAUGGCGCUGCUGGUCAUCAUGUAUCGAUCUUAAAGAAAACCGAUUCACAAUUAAGUAGCGGUAGUUUCACAUCACCACGUCGUAAUAUUGAAAUUUACGAAUAAGCUAAAAAAGUGUUUUUUGGAUUUUUCGUAAUUUCAAAACAUUUGACAUAAAUUAAAAGUAAAAAUACUUAAAAACAAAAAAGCACACAGUUAUGAGCACACAUAUCCUUAAAAAACAGUCAGGCAAUGAAAAAAAAUAAAACAAAAAUUUAAACUAAUAUAAAAUAUACUAAGAAAAAAGUUAUUAACAAAUAAAUUAAAGGAGAAGCAGCGCAGCGAUAGGAUACAACAAACAAAAUAAAGGAAAGUAACAAAACAAUCAAAUUGUAAGUUCUUUUUAAAAAAAUUUGUUUAAGAAUUAAGUAAUAAUUUAUUAAUAAUUAAUAGCAAAAAAAAAACAAAAUAAAUCGUCUACUCCUUUCAAAAACAGUGAUAUUUUUAUUGAAUUGUUUUAGUUUCAGUUUUCUUUUUUAAUUUUUUACAUUUUUAAUUUAUUUUAUAUAUUUUUCCACAAUUGAAAAAGGAAACUUAGAAACAUUGAAUAUAAAAACAAAUAAUAACAAUAAUAAUAAUAAUAAAAUUAAAAAAAAUAUUAUUAAUAACAUACUCGUACAUAUAAAUAAAAAAAUACAUAUUAAUGUUAACUGUUUGCUAGAAUUUUAUUAUUUAUUUUAUACCGAAAGUAAUACAGUUAAGUGAAACAAAACUAAAAACAAGAAAAUAUUUAUAAAAACAAAACAAAAAAACUGAAAAGCUUUUUAUAUAUUUAAAAGAAAAGUGUUUAGAUUAACUAGAACAACUAUUAGAAAAAGGUUUUAAAACAGGCGCCAGAGACCAAAAUUAACACAAAAUGGUAAAAAAAUAUUAUUUUAAUAAAUUUACAUUAAACUGAAAGUAAAUUUCCAAAGGGUUUUAUAACAAACGAAAAGAAAAGGGGUCCAGGAAGGCGCUAACAGUCCAGUUAAGAUGGUAGAAUACUAAAAUUUUAUUAGGGAAAUGGUCAAGAAAGAGUUUUGUAAGGAAAUGAAAUUGUUUAUUUAAAACCAUUUCUAAACAACAAAUUACAUAGAAUUAAACAUUAAUAAAAAAGUACCUUUACUAAAAUGACAAAAUAACAAACAAACCAAGAAAAUUAAACAAAAAAAAUAUAUAUAUAUAUAUAUAUAAAAAUUAAUUACAUAUUAAUAAAAACCAAACACAUUUUUGUAUUGUAAUAUUUCUAACAAUUUAUAUACCAUACAAUUUGUAUUGAUUUUUUUAAUAACAAAGCAAUAAUUCUACUUAUAUAUACUUGAUAUAAAUGAAAAUUAUUACAUAUAUAUAAACAACAAAUUAUUUAUAAUAUAAAAUAGAAAAAAAAGAAAAUAUAU